UAUGUGGGAAAUCAAAAUCAAGAGAGAAAAAAAUUUACCUGAUCCAGUUGGGUAUAAAAAGGCAUAUGAUGAUUGUUAAGGAUAAGAGUUGAGAGAUGAUUUAGAGAAAGUAAUGUUAUUACUAUAAGCAUUUAGAAAGCUAUGGGUAUUGCUAAAGGAGGAUUUGGAAACAUAUUUAUGAUUAUGUUCACUUUGUAUAUGACAGGAAAUAUGAUGAAUAUAUUUACUAUUGUGAUUAUUGGAUAAUUUUUAUGGUAAGCUAUAUCUACAAUUGCAAAAAUGGAUCAAGCAUUUUCAUCAUUAGAGAAUAGAGGAAUAUCAUUGUUUUUAUAUAAAUUGAUUUAUUUAUCUGCUGGAUUAUUGUAAUUGGGAGUAGUGCUUUAUAAAUUAUACAAUAUUGGUUUACUUCCAUUGAAUAGUGCUGACUGGAUUGAUUUAGUUCCUUUACAUCAUGUAAUAACAAUUUAGAUUAAGUAUUUAGUAAGAAGAGAUUGUUGUACCUUAUAGCUAUAAUUGAU